GCGCGGGAGCUGGGAAGUCCAGGGCCUGCUACGUCCGGGAAAGGCCUUAAGAUUGUUCCGCUGCCAGGUGCUCCUUCGGAAACGCGGGCUGAUUCCUCACGACUUUCCGGUACUAGCCGUCUGUUACCUCGGAGUGCCUCUCUGCCUCCCUGGUGCCCAGGUACCGGUUUCAGAGAACAUGACGGAGGCACUGGACCUCACAGGGCGGGACUCUGAUGCGGGUAGUGAAGAAGUGGUCCUAACUCCCGCAGAGCUCAUUGAAAGGCUGGAGCAGGCCUGGAUGAAUGAAAAGUUUGCCCCUGAGCUGCUCGAAAGCAAGUCUGAGAUUGUAGAGUGUGUCGUGGAACAGCUAGAUCACAUGGAAGAAAAUCUCAGGAGAGCCAAGAAGGGGGAUCUGAAGGUCAGUAUCCAUCGAAUGGAGAUGGAGAGGAUCCGCUAUGUCCUUAGCAGCUACUUGCGGUGUCGGCUCAUGAAGAUAGAGAAGUUUUUCCCUCAUAUCCUUGCAAAGGAGAAAACACUCCACGAGGGGGAGCUGUCUAGCCUUUCUCCAGAGGAGCUGGUCUUUGCCAAACAGUACAUGGCUAACACAGAGACCUACCUCAAGAAUGUUGCCUUAAAGCAUAUGCCUCCUAACUUACAGACAGUGGACCUCCUGAGGUCAGUUCCCAAACCAGAUCUAGAUUCAUAUGUGUUUCUGAGAGUGAAAGAACGACAGGAAAACAUCCUGGUAGAACCAGAAACAGAUGAGCAAAGGGACUAUGUGAUUGACUUGGAGGAAGGCUCACAGCACUUGAUCCGAUACAAAACCAUUGCGCCCCUGGUCGCUUCUGGAGCAGUUCAGCUGAUAUAAAAUCAAAAGUAAAUACACAAUGACAGCAUGGAACCCUAAAGAUAAUGUGUAAGAGCUCCUUACCUCUUUGUGCCUGCAGACGGCAGAGUUUCCCCGGCAGUGCUCUGGGUCACCUGGGCAUUGAGAAGGAGCUCAAGGCACGAUUCCUAACUUGCCACACGUCCUCACUGCCAUCCUAGCCACAGUCAGCAGGUGGAGCCAUCGCUCUGCUGAUUCUGCAUGCUGGCCCCUCUGGCCGAGCCCUCUGAGACGCUCACUUUGUGCGCCUUUUUCCUUUGUGGUAUUUCUUGAGCUAAGGGAAGUGAGGCAACCGCAGUUCAUAAACGAGCCUCGCUGCCUGUGAUUAAGGGGCAGUAGUUAGCCCUGACCUGAGGGUGACCUGACAGCUCUUUCACCUCCCCAGUAAGAAGAGGAUAAAUGCAGUAGAAUAACAGAAGAUGAAAUAUCUUCUAGAUUAUCUCACUGGACUAUGUGAACUAACCUUCUGGAACCUCUGAUAUUGGACUUAAAAGCAAUUUCUGCCCUGGUGGGUACUGAGAAUCACAAAUAAACCAAGAAACCAUUACGGAGUUUCAGUUUUGUGCCAGAAGGAGCCUCUGGGCAGUUCUCAGUUUGUAGCCUAAUGAAGUAUAUACUCCCUGCUGCUAACCUGCAGCCUUCCCUGAAUCUCGGGCAGCUUUGCCAAGCCAACCUCCAGGCCAUCUGGCCAUUCUUGGCCAGGGAUCUGCUAACAGCAGCAUUAACUAUCCUAUCUUGUGACCUUAGUAACAGCGUUUCUGUUUUUAGCUCUACUUUCUCAAGGGAAGUGGAUGAAAUUCACGUGAGCAGAGAGUGUCACAGUGACACCUGAAGGAAGGAUGUAGAGACAGUGAAUGAAUUGUCUUUCCCUGAAACAUGACCAGAAGGAACCUGCAUUCCAGUCUUUUCUUGCUGAUGAGAAGGCAGCAGAUUUUCGUUUAGAGUAAUCAAUGUAAUAUGGCUAUCAUUUCCAAGAGAAAUCACUAAGUAAAAGCAAGAAGGGUUUAUUUGUUAAUAAAAGCAUUUUCU